AUGCUUGGAGGCAUCCGCACAGAUUUGCUGGUCACAGUCGCUCUGCUCGCUCUGACUCAGACGGGAACUCGGUGCAGGGCUGAAAAUGACUUUUCAUUAGUUACGUUGCCAGAGGAGAGACCAACAUCAAAGGAUGCUGUGCUGGAUGUUUUAGAGAGUCCUCCUCUGGGGGUUGAGGGCAAUGCCUGUUUAGAGUUCUGGUACCUCGCCCCAGUGACACCGAAAGGGUCUGAACUCCGUGUUCUGCUAAAAAGCAGCACUGGACACCAGUGUGAAUCUAACACAGAGCUAUGGACAGACGAGUUCACUCGCUGCCUCUGUUCUGCGGGCCAGCUCCUCUGCGUUCCCUCUCAGUGCCCUAAGGGCCAAAUCUGUGGUCCUGAAACACCGAGCUCCAAUGGGACUUCCACUUCUGGGAUAUGCACCAUACACAGACACACAGACUGCAGCACUUUUGAUGGAGUGUUGUUCCGCUUCAUGGCCCCCUGCGCCUAUGUACUGGCUAAGACCUGCUCACCCACUGAAGCCCUGCCCGAGUUCAGUGUGGAAGUGGUCAAUGAGCAGAACGGCAACCUGUCUCUGCCAACUGUCCAGCAGAUCAUUGUGAACAUGAGGAACAUCAGAGUGUCCCUGCAGAAAGGGCAGACACAAAGGGUUGUGGUUAAUGGGGUGUGGAGGAAGCUUCCACUCAGCUUCAGCAGUGGCACCAUCAACAUCCAGAGCAACCCUGCUGCUGUUGUCCUUGCAAGCAGUUUCGGUCUUUCUGUCUCAAUUGACAGCGCCGGUGCUGUCCACGUUACCCUCCCGUCUCGCUACUCUGACAAAGUCUGUGGCUUGUGUGGCAACUUCAACCACCUCUCAGAAGAUGACUUCCUCACGCCUAACGGUACACGUGCACAAGAUGCCACAGAUUUAGCAGAAAGCUGGCAGACCGGGGAAACGACAUCCUCCUGUGAAACCAUUCUGGUGCCUCAUCAGUGUGAGCCAUCGGAACAGGCUGAGUACGCCAGUGAGCUGUACUGUGGAGACCUCAUCUCCAGCACUGGGCCCUUUGCUGGCUGCUCAUCAGUUCUCGGGGCAGAGAGCUACUUCCGAGGUUGUGUGCGUGGCAUGUGUUCUUCUCACGGUGACCCAGCGGUGCUGUGUGAGACACUACAGCUCUACGCUGACAUCUGCCAUAAGGCCGGCAUUGCUGUACCUACAUGGAGGAACUCAACAUUCUGCCCCCUUCAGUGUGGUGAGAAUAGCCACUAUAACUCAUGCGCUGAUGGCUGUCCCGAGGUGUGCUCCAGCCUGGAUGUAGUUGGCUCUUGUGGAAGCUGUGAAGAGAGAUGCGAGUGUGACUCUGGUUUCAAGCUCAGUGGGGGAAAGUGCGUUCCAGCAGAAGACUGUGGGUGCUGGUAUAAAGGAGAACACUAUGAGAAAGGUGAAACGCUCAUAGAGGGAGACUGUGUGCAACAGUGCCAGUGCAUGGGCAAUAACGCCACGCAGUGCGCCCCAAUGCAUUGCACAGACAGUGAGGUUUGUAAGGUUGACGGUGGGGUCAAAGGCUGCUUCUCUUUCAAACCCGUCACUUGCAGCGUGUACGGCGACCCGCACUACAUCACCUUUGACAAGCUGGAAUAUCAGUUUCAAGGGGGCUGCAGCUACACGCUGACUACCACGUGCAGCGGGGAAAGCUCAGUCCAGUUCUCGGUGAUUGGAUAUAACACGUAUCCUCCCCAUCAGAACUUCACCAGGUCCAAGCUUGACGCCGUGGCUCUUGAGGUUGACGACCUGUUCCUUACCCUGAAUCAAAGCGGAGAAGUCUAUGUGCACAACAGCCACGUUCAACUCCCAUAUUCAACCAAUGGUACAUAUGGCUCAGUUUCAGUCCACAAGGAGAGUAAUUAUAUUAUCUUGGAGACAACUUUUGGGCUCAGAAUGGGGAUAGAGAUGGAGAACCGACUGUUCCUGCAGGUGGAUGAACGCUACAAAUACGAACUGUGCGGACUGUGCGGCACGUACUCUGGAUACCAGGACGAUGACUUUUUAAAACCGGGCGGCCAAAGCGCAAAUGACGCAUUUGAGUUUGCGGACAGCUGGAGGGUGCCAGACAAUACUGGGUGCAUCGCUCAGCCAAAUGAGCCAAGACUCUGCGAUUAUGACGAGGAGAAUGAGGCCUACAAUGAGUGUUCUGCACUUUUCGGAGAUGCCUUCAGACCCUGCCACGAACACAUUCACCCAAGCAUCUACCUCAAUAGUUGUGUGUACGACUAUUGCGCCACAAGCGGCGACCAACACACUCUAUGUGAAUCUCUGAAGUCGUAUGCAGCAGCAUGCCAUUUUGCAGGAGUGAAACUUUCCCACUGGGAGACCGGCACAGUCUGUGCUGACCGCCCAACCACAGCAGCUCCUCCAACAAGUUCAGCUCCGACAACACCAACUCCAGAUCAUACUUUGUGUCCAUUGAAAUGCAACUUUGAAAAUAAUUUUUGCGGAUGGCAGCAGCUCAUACAGGACAGUUUUGAUUGGAAAAGACAUUCAGGCCCCACACCAUCGAAUCUAACUGGACCAAACCAAGACCACACCACCGGAGCUGGCUUUUACGCGUACCUUGAGGGAAACAGCGCAACUCACGGAGACUCGGCCCGUUUAUUGAGCUCAGUGUGCCAUGUUAAGGGCCCACUCUGCCUGCAAUUCUGGUACAAUAUGCAUGGUUCAGCCACAGCUAUGGCCCUCAAUAUGUACUUGCUCAAAGGCAAUAAAGCAACCAAAGUCUGGUCCAUGUCCAACAACCAGGGACCAGAGUGGCAUCAGGGAAAUGUUGAUAUUGCAGACUUUGGUCCAUUCCAAAUCAUAAUAGAGGGAAUUCGUGGCUCUACUGCUGAAUCAGAUGUGGCCAUAGAUGACAUUUCUAUCCAUUAUGGCUCAUGCCCAGGUAACCCUGGUGUGGUUAGUGGAACUGUGCUUCCUUCCACAACAGUUCUCCCUUCACACCCAGUCUGCAAUCUUGACUGCAGCUUUGACGGCAGCCUUUGCAACUGGAAUCAGAUGGUCACAGAUGCUUUUGACUGGACAUGGCAAAACGGGUCCACCCCCACCCUGAUGACUGGCCCUUCUGCUGAUCACACCGGAGCCAGACCACAACCAAGUACCACUCUUUUACCAACACCUUCAUGCCCAGCCAACAGUCAUUACACCACUUGCAUCCCUGCAUGCAGUCCAACUUGUGCAAACCUGAAUGGUCCACCACGCUGCAGUGACAAUGACGAUUGCGUGCCAGGAUGCGUGUGUAAUGAUGGCUUUGUACAGAAAAAGAGGGCUUGUGUGCCUGUGCAACAGUGUGGUUGUGUGGACAGGAACGGCACCAAAUACCAAUUCAAUGAAGAGUGGUACACCAAUCACUGCAGUCAGAAAUGUGAAUGUGAGAAGGAUGAUGGCGUGGGGAAAAUUGACUGUGAUGAUGAAGACGUGUGUGACGGAGAUGCUGUCUGCCUUCAGAAUGAGAAGGGCGAUUAUUACUGCCAGUCUACAGACUUCAGCAAGUGCACUAUCAACGGAGACCCUGAGUACAGAACAUUUGAUAGAAUGAAACAUGAGUUUGAGGGUGAACACUCUUAUGUGCUGGUCAUGACCAGCAACUUGCCAAACAACCUUCCAGAUGUCUACAUCGAGGGUAUCAAUGCACAUAUCAAAGAUGAUGAUGAUGAUGAUGAUGAUGAUGACAGGAGCAGUGAAGAGGACCACAGUCGUGGAGUCAGCGAAGAAGAUGAUGAAGAUGACGACAGCGAAGAGCACGAUGAACACCACAGAUUACACGGGCUUAAGAUCCGAGUGUACAAUCACACUGUGGAGUUCAAGCACAAACGGAAGCUGAUCGUUGAUGGAAAGAGAACUAAUCCGCCCGCCUCACCGGCUGCUGGUCUAAACAUCCGGGAGCAUUCCUCUCACAUCUACCUGGCGACAGACUUCGGCCUGUCAGUGGAGUUUGAUGGACACAGCUCAGCAGAGAUCAUUCUACCGCAUCUUUAUAGAAGAAAGGUGGGAGGCCUGUGUGGAAACUUUGAUGGACACAGGCGGAAUGACAAGACAAAGCCAGAUGGUACCAUGACCUCGAACACUCAGGAGUUUGGAGAGAGCUGGAGAGUGUGAAGAUCACAUGGAAGAGACAAGUCUGUGAAAGCUUUGCCCGUUAGUUGAUUCACUACUGUUUCACUUUACACGAAAACUUCAUGCUGAUCUGUAUAACUGUAUUAAAUGAUAACAGGCUGAAAUAAUGCUUAUUUAGUUUCUUCCUUUGACAACACAAAUCAGAGCGGCGAAACAUGCUUCAACGUGGCUUCUCAGGAAGACGACAACUGUUAUGCACAAAGUAAUGUAGAGUGGUAAAAGACUUCCCCAUUGUAUGCACAUUUUUUCUGGGAAUUCACCGCUUUUACGUCCGUUUUUACAGAAGUUACUCAUCUUUUUUUAUUUUUUCUAUGAAAUCUCUGUACUCAGUGACAGCCUAACCACUACAGCACACACUUCAGGCGUAUCUCACACACGCUGUUACAGAAAGUAACCGAACAUUCAAUACAGGAAGUUGAAAUAAGAAAACACACGACUGCACAUGGUGGUGUGUUUGGUAAAAAAAAAAGCAAUUGAAAUGUACUGUAAAUAAUUACUAAACAUGCUGCUUGCACUUUUGUCACAAUGUGUACUGCUACCAGCUUCAUGGUAGCUUUUCUGUUGAAUCCUCACUGUUCUAAUAAACAGGCACUGUGGUUAAAA